AUGACAAGUUCAUCCACUUCUCCUGGCCUAUAGGAGUUUGAGAAGACUAUUUUGAUCAACAUAAAUAUGGAGCUCUCUGAAAUUGUUCAAAACGAUUUACACAAUUUAGUAAAAUUAGAUAACUCUGCAAAAGUAAUCAAUAAAGCCUUUGAAACGAUUGUAAAUUCAGGAAAAGAACCCAUCGCAGGAAGUGAGCAUUAUGCUUUGACGACCGUUCUCGUGUUGGCAUGCAAGUACGAUUAUGAUGAUCAUCAACUGCGGCAACUACUCGAGACGUACAUCCAAAAGUCAGAUGUUGUGGAAAAGAUAGUAGCAAAAUAUUCAUUGUUUCGAGAUACGUAUACCCCAAAGAAUGCAGAAUACGGCAUCGCGCUGCCUCAUGUAACCGAUGCCAAUUGGACGCUCCGAUCCGAUUUAUCAUCAUCCAGUCAUUCGGUUUCGGCUGGAAAUCUAAGUUUUAGUAUCGAACUGGAGUCGUUCAAUCGGGAGAGCAAUGAAAAGGAGCCCGCCAUUCGGUUUACUUGUACACCAGAAGAGUUGCAAUUGUUUAUCAAUAAACUGAAAGACAUUGAGCUGAAUUGUGAUAAACUCACAAAACAGUAAAGUAGUAAUGGUUUCAUUUUUUAUAGUUAGAAAUCUUCUUAGAAAAGAAGAGUUCAAGAAAACAAACUUAGUGUUUGAAAAGUAAUAAAAUUUGCCUUGUGCGAUACAUGUUAUCCUCUAAA